AUGUCUGGCUGUAGUAACUCGACGACUUCUACCGGCACAGUCACAGUCCAACCGGCAUGCAGCGGCUCUACACCGAAGCCAUGCGAGUCAACUCUGUCGUGUAAGGAGGAAACUGGUUGGAGGAGGGUCAUUCGCAACUUCACGCCCUCAUGGUUUGCAGUCAACAUGGGCACUGGUAUCGUGUCCAUACUGUUACACAACUUACCAUAUAAUGCGCUAUGGCUUCAGUACAUAUCCUAUAUCUUCUUUGGGCUGAACGUCGUUCUCUUCACUGUCUUCACGGCCAUGUCCAUCGCUAGAUACACCUUAUACCCAACCAUCUGGUUUGCCAUGAUCUCACAUCCAGGCCAGUCUCUAUUCCUCGGCUGUUUCCCUAUGGGGCUUGCAACUAUCAUAAAUAUGAUGGUGUUCUCCUGUAAGCACUGGGGUGACUGGGUCAUCUACCUAGCAUGGGGAUUAUGGUGGUUCGAUGUUUGGAUCUCCGUCGCUACUUGCGUCAGCAUGCCUUUUAUCGUCAUGCACCGCCAUCGUCCUGGCCUGGAAAACAUCACUGCGGCUCUACUACUUCCCAUCGUUCCGGCUGUAGUCGCAGCUGCAACAGGUGGCAUAGUUGCAGAGGAGCUUCCCAAUCAUCAUCAUGCGCUGACGACAGUGAUUGCAUCUUAUGUCCUUUGGGGCAUCGGAGAGUCAUUCUCGGCUAUUGUGCUGGCUCUCUACUUCCACCGACUCACCAUCCAUUCAAUCCCGCCUAAGGAGGUGAUUGUCAGCGUCUUCUUGCCGAUAGGACCACUUGGACAAGGCGGGUUUGGAAUUCAGCAGCUUGGCAAGGUGGCUAUGCAUGUUAUUCCCAAGAGCAAUGCCUUUGGUGAAGUAGCUGCGCGAGCUGGUGAGAUGCUAUAUGUCCUUGGAGUCUUCUUUGGUAUCGUCAUGUGGGGAUUUGCAUUUGUCUGGCUAUCCUUCGCGCUCAUUAGCAUCGCCAUGAUGCCAAGUGUGCCGCGCAACUUGGGAGCUUGGGGUUAUACGUUUCCGCUCGGUGUGCUGGCAACGUGCUCGAAUUCUCUGGCACAGAAUCUUGAUAGCGAUUUCUUCAAGGUCGCUACUAUGAUCAUCUCGCUCGCAGUGGUAUUACUGUGGAUUGUCGUUGCCAGUAGAACUCUCAAGCUGGCGAUUACCGGAGAAAUGUUCCAUGCACCAUGUUUGAAGGACCUUCGAGAAAAGUCACAAGCUGCCGGAUCAGAUAGAAGAGUUUAA